GUCUCUGCCCCUCCACCCCUCUAAUGCUGUACCAAACCAAGUCGCAUUCGCAACAUGUCAGUACGUCGAGAUGCUGUGCAAAAGCUGCAACGACCUUGCAGAUGCACGGAUUGAAGAAGCUGAGCGACAUACUGAACAGGCUCGCGGGCCAUCUUCAAGCCGUGUGCUCAUUCACCACGCGACAUGGGCUUCAUUUGAAGAUGCAGUCGGCGCUGGUUGCCACCUGUGUACCUCCAUACACGAGGAAUUGGCGGCAGAGGGCCUAGUACCUGACAGCCACUCUGAUACGGCACAGUUGUAUGUGCAGGCUCACGCGCCGACGGCCAUGCCAAGUGGCUACCUUGUCUUCUCGCCGUCCAUAGCCUGUCGAACCGGUGCUAGCUUUUACAUGUUGAAGAACCAAGGUCAGAGUCCAUCUAGCGAUGAACACGCGGAGUCUUUGCGCCUGGUGGAAGGUGACAUAGGACAGGAGGAUAAGGCUCUUACCUCGACUAGAACUUGGCUUCGUGAUUGCAUUUCAAACCAUGCAGGCUAUUGCGGGAAGGAUACGGGCGGCUUUGUUCCGACGCGACUACUCGAUCUUGAGGUCCGAGACACCGACGACGUGCGACUGUCGACAGCUGUGCCCGUCCAUGAGACGUACGCCACUCUCAGUCAUUGCUGGGGCAAAUCCGAGAUUCUGACGUUGAGGCGGGCCAACAUGGAAUCUUUUCAGGCCGGUAUACGAGUAGAAACGCUGUCCAAGACCUUUCGAGAUACCAUUUCCCUCCUUAGGAGACUUGGGCUGCGCUAUCUCUGGAUCGAUUCGCUUUGCAUCAUCCAAGACUCGGUCGAUGACUGGCGCAAAGAGUCCGUCACCAUGGCUGAGGUAUAUCGUAAUGGUACCAUCAACAUUGCCGCCACGGCUGCCUCUGGGGGAGAUGAAGGGCUUUACUUUGCACCUCAUCCAAUUCACUCCAGGCAUCUUCGCGUAUCCUUCAACCAAUCCAUAGACGGCACCCUCUCUGAGGGACCGACCAGCGGGGAAAGACCGCUGGUGGUUGAAGCCGGAGACUACUUCCUUCUCAAUAGCAAAAUCUGGCAGCGUGGCGUUGAGGAGGCCCCUCUCAACACGCGCGGCUGGGUACUACAAGAACGACUCUUCUCUCCGCGAGUUAUUCACUUUUCGCGACAUCAGCUGUUUUGGCAGUGCGGCAUGGAUUACCGAAUAGGACAAUUUGCGUACUCAAAUGAUCGCAUAGGAUCCUUUGGUAAGGCCUACACCAACCGUGAUCCACGCGCGUUUUCUCAAGUACUAUGGCGUCUAAAGAGUAUGACAAAGGAGGAGAAGGAUCCCCUUCUCCUCGAAGAGGCAUACCUUCCUUGGGAAGAAGUCGUCACGACGUACACGGCGCAGCACUUGACCAAAGGCGAGGACAGGCUCAUUGCAGUACAAGCCUUGGCGAAAACUAUGGAGGAGGCGGUGGAUGAUUGCUAUGUCGCUGGAUUAUGGGAGAGCCGGUUGGUUGAGGAUCUGCUAUGGGCUUGUUCAGCACAGGGUGAGAGAGCGAGGUACUCACGUCAGACGACGUGGCGCGCUCCUACGUGGAGUUGGGCUUCAAUGAAUGGCGGGUCGGUCAAGAAGGCGACGUUGACUGGGAGAUAUGCUGGGCGGAAAGUGUUUGAAGGAGAAGCUCUUGUCAAGAGUAUCAAGCACUGCGUGGAGGGGUAUGACGGGGUCACGACUGGGCAGCUCAAGAGUGCCCGCCUGCAGCUUGAUGGUUGUCUUUUGAAGAGUGCCAUAUCCUGGGAGGGCCACGCAGUAUUGAGCGAUGGCAAUGUCAAAGGAAUCAGUAUGAGAUGCCCAGAUCCUGGAUUUCGGACCUUUAUUGUUUGUCCAGACGAGUGGAAUUGGGAUGGGGCCGACAAACUCAACUAUCAACUGCCAGCAGGCAGCAUUUUGCUCGCAAUAGGGACCCAUCUCGCCUACAAGGCUGCCGGAACGGACCCGAAUCCGUGUAUUGAAGGCUUGGUAUUGCACGAUGCUGGUCAGAAAGGAAGUCUAUCGUUCUGUCGUACAGGCUACUUCAAGCUGGUCGCGGAAGGAACCAUCAGCAACGCUUGUUUGGCAGGGGAAGAAGGAGCAUUGUUUACGAGGCAUCAGAGCGUGUCUGGCGAUGGAACUUGUACUUUGAACUUGUUCUGAUUCGGGGACUGUGCUGCGUGGCCUUUUGAAAAAAGUAUGUACAGGAAAGAAAUGUGACCGUAAAUUGGUCACAAGAAGACACGCCGGUCUUCAAAAACACCACUCCGAUGAUGAGGAUUACCAGCCUUUGAGAACUCGACGAU